UGGUCUUCUCCGCGUGACCGUCGCAUUUUCUCUUUCAACCGUCGAGUUUCUUUCGGACUUUCUCUCUCUACUCCGAAGCUUUCUUUUCUGGCUAUCUCUUCUUCGUUGAUUGUGUUUUUGAUUCCGCCAGCAGACCCUUUCUUUUCUGUAAUUGUUUCUGUCAGAGGCCCUUUCGAUUUUCCCUUUUCCUUUCCCACCAAGCAACCCGUCUAUCUCUUUCUCUCAUGUUCUCUCCUUCUCCCCCUUCUUUCACAGCUUUCUAGGGUUCAUUCCCCAUCAAUUUCUCCGUCGUAAAUGCCUCCGAUCACCGCCGGAACCCCCAUUCCGCCGCCGUCUACCUCCUCUUCACAACCCCUUCUCGACCUCAUCAUUCAGAUUGUUUCGCUUCUGCUUCUUUCUUCUCUCAAUGUCCGGUCAUUCGUUGGGCGAUGGCAGGUUCUUCAUUCCAAGCUCUCCACUCUCCACUCUGCUCUUCUCGAAGUCUCCGAUUCGCCUCACUGGUCGGAGAAUCCCCUUGUUCAUACUAUUCUCCCAUCGCUACUCUCCACGCUUCAGCGGCUCAAAUCCUUGUCCGAUCAAUGCUCCGACUCGGCCUUCUCCGGUGGGAAGCUUCAUAUGCAGAGUGAUUUGGAUAUGGCCUCUGCUUCUCUCUCUAGUCAACUCAACGACCUCGAUUUGUUGCUUAGAUCUGGGGUUCUUUACCAGUCCAACGCGCUAGUACUGUCUCAGCCGGUUCCUGGUUCGAAUAAAGACGAUACGGAGUUUUUCAUUAGGGAUCUCUUCACGCGGUUGCAAAUCGGAGGGGUGGAGUUUAAGAAGAAGGCUCUGGAGUCUCUGGUUCAGCUUCUGAAUCAGGAUGAGAAGUCUGCGGGGUUGGUUGCCAAAGAGGGAAACGUUGGGUAUUUGAUUCAUUUGCUUGAUUUCAGCUCUCAGCCCUCUGUGCGAGAGCUUGCGGCUUCUGCGGUUUCAGUUCUCUCAACGGCGAGCGAUGAAUCGAGGAAAAGAGUGUUCGAAGAAGGAGGAUUAGGGCCUCUGUUGAGGAUUCUUGAAACAGGAUCGAUGCAUCUUAAGGAAAAAGCCGCCGCCGCCGUCGAAUCCAUCACCAUCGAUACUGAAAACGCUUGGGCCGUUUCCGCUUACGGAGGCUUAUCGGUCUUAAUCGAAGCCUGCCGAUCGGGCACUCCACAGCUGCAGGCUACGGCAGUCGGUGCGAUUAGAAAUGUCACGGCGGUGGAAGAUAUCAAAACAUCUCUCGUCGAGGAAGGGGCGAUUCCAGUAUUAUUACAGUUGCUUGUUUCGAGCCCGACGGACACGCAGGAGAAGGCAGCAAUGUCCAUAGCAGUAUUAGCCUCCUCCGGUGAGUAUUUCCGAUCACGGAUAAUCCAAGAACGAGGAUUACAAAAAUUAUUACAAUUGAUCCACGAUUCACCAAGUUUCAACACGAUUGAAAACCCAUUACGAGCCCUAAGUUCGCUCGCGGUUUCCGAUCCAAUCGCCCGGAUUCUAUCAUCUUCAACAUUGUUCAUAAUGAAACUGGGCGAAUUGGUAAAGCACGGAAGUUUAGUGCUGCAGCAAAUCGCCGCCUCUCUGGUCGCCAAUUUAUCAAUUAGCGAUGGGAACAAGAGAGCCAUCGGGAGUUGUAUGGGUUCCUUAGUGAAGCUAAUGGAGAUGCCAAAGCCGGCCGGAGUUCAGGAAGCGGCAGUGGGAGCCCUAGCAUCUCUUUUGACCGUCCGAUCAAAUCGGAAAGAGUUAAUGAGGGACGAGAAGAGCGUGAUGAGAUUGAUGCAAAUGCUCGAUCCGAAAAACGAGGUCAUCUCCAAGACAUUCCCGUUAGCCAUCGUCACGGCGGUGCUCUCCGGCGGAAGCAACGGCUGCCGGAGGAGACUUCUAGAAGCCGGAGCUCACCAGCACCUCCAGAAUCUCGCCGACAUGAACGUCGCCGGAGCUAAAAAGGCCCUGCAGCGGCUCACCGGCAAUCGGCUGAGAAACAUCUUCAGCAGAAGCUGGAGGGAAUAAACGCAAAAGAAACUAACCGCCGCCGUCAAAGGGAUUUGGAGGAUUUCGUUUGGAAUUUUCUAACUGCUGAAGUUGAAGGGUUACGACGACAACAACAACAACAUAUGACCAAACCCAACAGCUAUUUUCACCUCGUAUUAUAAUGUCUUUUUUU